AUCCAAUGAAAGUUGGCCUGGAACUGCAAAAUGAUGGCCCAAGUGGGUACUCGAAGGUGACAAAAGGACCUCAGCUGGUGAAGAAAGAAACAAAGCAUAAUCAUGGCUGACAGCAGUACUCUGGUGUCUGAAACUGGGAGGAGCCUCUUGGCUGAUUCUUCUGUUCUUGAGUCAAAAAUGAUAGAAACCUCCAAAGAGAAUGUAUUCCGUGCAACUGUUCUGGAUGUUGAAGAAGAAAUGCCUCAAAUAGAAACAAGAGUGGUUUUGGUUCAGGAAGCAGGGAAACGUGAGGAGCUUCAGAAAGCCUUGGAGACCAUUAAGAUAAUGGAAGUACCUGUUAUAAAGAUAAAGGAAAGUAGCCCUGAUAAAUCAGAAGAAAAACUAAUAAAAAGUAUUAUUCAUAUGGAAAUUAAAAUGCCCUACAUAAAGACAGACACAAUAGAAGAGCUUGGAGAUUCUGAUUCCCCUGAAUUUGAGACAAUCUUCGUUGUGUCAGACUUCCAAGCUCCCAUCUUCAGCAACCUCUGCAAGGCAGACUGCAGAGUCAUCGGGCCACCAGUCGUGCUGCACUGUGCACAGAAAGGAGAGCCUUUACCUUUCUCCUGCCGUCCACUGUACUGUGCAAGUAUGUUGAACUUGGUACUGUGCUUUACAGGAUUCAGAAAGAAAGAUGAGUUAGUUAAGCUUGUGACCUUGGUUCAUCACAUGGGUGGAAUUAUUAGAAGGGACUUUAGCUCAAAAGUUACUCAUCUGGUGGCAAACUCAACACAUGGAGACAAAUUCAGAAUUGCUGUAAGUCUUGGUAUUCCUAUCGUGAAAGCUGAGUGGAUUUAUAAGGCAUGGGAGAAAAGGAAUGAAAUUGAUUUCUGUGCAGCUGAUGAUGAUUUUAGAAACCAGUUCAAGGUUCCUCCCUUUCAGGACUGCAUGCUAAGUUUCCUGGGAUUCUCUGAUGAUGAGAAAGCUAACAUGGAAGAAAUGACAGAAAUGCAAGGAGGACAUUAUUUACCAGUUGGUGAUGAAAGGUGUACACACUUGGUGGUUGAAGAAAGUACAGUAAAAGAUCUUCCAUUUGAACCUUUAAAAAAACUUUAUGUUGUGAAGCAAGAGUGGUUUUGGGGAAGCAUUCAAAUGGAUGCCAGAGCUGGAGAGUCCAUGUAUUUAUUUGAGAAGUCAGAGAGUCCCGAUUUCAAGAAGUCGGUGUCGCUGCUGUCCCUGAGCACGCCCAACAGCAACCGCAAACGGCGCCGCUUGAAAGAGACUCUGGCCCAGCUGACCCGGGAAACAGACCUGUCCCCCUUCCCUCCUCGGAAACGCCCCUCAGCCGAACAUUCCCUCUCCAUUGGCUCCUUGCUGGAUAUUUCCAACACUCCAGAGUCAAGCACUGCCAAUGGAGAAACACCAAAAUCCUGUGCAAGACCUUCCAAAAACUCCACUCCUCUUCCUCUCAAGCAGUCUGCAAGAUGGCAGGUUGCAAAAGAAUUGUAUCAGACAGAAAGUAACUAUGUUGAUAUUCUGACAACAAUUAUUCAGUUGUUUCAAGUUCCUUUGGAGAAGGAAGGACAGCUUGGGGGACCAAUCCUUGCACAGGAAGAGAUCAAGACCAUAUUUGGCAGCAUUCCAGAUAUUCUUGAUGUGCACACUAAAAUCAAGGAAGAUCUGGAAGAUCUUAUGAUAAACUGGACUGAAAGCAAAAGUAUUGGUGACAUCAUUCUCAAAUAUUCAAAAGACUUGUUGAAAACAUACCCUCCAUUUGUGAAUUUCUUUGAAAUGAGCAAGGAGACGAUUACAAGAUGUGAAAAGCAGAAACCAAGGUUUCAUGCCUUCCUAAAGAUAAAUCAAGCCAAACCUGAAUGUGGCCGCCAAAGCCUCGCUGAGCUCCUUAUCCGUCCUGUGCAAAGGCUGCCCAGUGUUGCCCUACUACUGAAUGAUAUUAAGAAGCAUACAGCAGAAGAGAACCCAGAUAAAAUAACUCUAGAGAGAGCUAUUGAAUCAUUAAAGGAGGUGAUGACACACAUUAAUGAAGACAAAAGAAAAACAGAGGCACAAAGGCAGUUCUUUGAUGUUGUCUAUGAAGUGGAUGGAUGUCCAGCCAAUCUCCUGUCCUCCCACCGCAGCUUGGUGCAGCGUCUGGAAACUGUGGCACUUGGGGAUGACAUCUGUGACAGGGGAGAGCAGGUCACACUCUUUCUGUUCAAUGAUUGCCUAGAGAUUGCGAGGAAACGACAUAAAGUUAUUGGAGCUUUCAAGAGUCCCCAUGGCCACACAAGGCCUCCUGCAUCUCUCAAGCAUGUUGUUCUCAUGCCUCUCUCCCAGAUCAAGAAAGUCUUGGACAUCAGGGAGACAGAAGAUUGCCAGAAAGCUUUUGCCUUAGUGGUGAGGCCACCUACAGAACUCAACAACAAGCUGCUCAGUUUCCAGAUGACAACUGAAGACCCUUGCAAGGAGGACUGGCUGAAGAUGCUGUGUCGGCACGUGGCCAACACGAUUUGCAAAGCAGAUGCAGAAAAUCUCAUUUAUGUUGCUGAUCCUGAUUCAGUUGAAGUAAAUACUAAAGAUAUGGACAGUACUUUAAGCAGAGCAUCCAGAGCAAUAAAGAAAACAUCAAAAAAGGUCACAAGAGCCUUUUCGUUCUCCAAAACGCCCAAGCGAGCGCUGCGCAGGGCUCUGAUGUCCCACAGCGCCACGGAAGGGCGGAGCCCCAGCUCCAGCGAGAGUUACAUCGGCAGCCGCCUGACCAGCACCUCCUCCCUGGCGGGUGUUCAUUCUCCUUCCUUGGUCAGCCUUCCCUCGAUCUUUGAAAAGAGGAGUCACACAUUAAGCCGAUCCACAACCCACCUGGUGUGAGGCAGGUGGGGCAGGCUCUGCUCUGUGGCAG